UGUGCAUUUAUGAAGCCUGUUCCUUUGGGUGGUGGCUACAAACUUUUCUGUUACUCUGUAGAGUCUGCUGUUCGCCCAACGGUGGAAUGUUCGAAGGACGUGAAAAGUAUACUUGAUAUAUGUAAUAGUAAUCGGUUUCGAACGACUAGACACAUUAUUAACUUUAAUUUCGAUAGAUAUUUUGAGGGACUUGUAAAGGCUGGGAUUGUCUGGCCAAUUGUUACCGAGUUGCACGGGAGCUAUCAAGUAAUUAGCCACUAAGCUAGCUAGUAAAGCCACGCAAAAGGAGAGAAAACGCCUGAGGACAUCGAGGACCAAUGCAGGCCAUAAAGUGUGUCGUGGUUGGAGAUGGGGCUGUUGGUAAAACAUGCCUGCUGAUCAGCUACACCACCAAUGCAUUCCCUGGAGAGUACAUCCCUACAGUAUUUGAUAAUUACUCUGCGAAUGUGAUGGUGGAUGGUAAACCAGUCAAUCUGGGUUUAUGGGACACAGCAGGACAGGAAGACUACGACAGGCUCCGUCCUCUCUCCUACCCCCAGACAGACGUGUUUCUGAUCUGCUUUUCCCUCGUGAGUCCUGCCUCUUUUGAAAAUGUCCGUGCAAAGUGGUACCCAGAGGUGAGACAUCACUGCCCCAACACUCCAAUCAUCCUGGUGGGAACCAAGCUUGAUCUGAGAGAUGACAAGGACACCAUUGAGAAGCUGAAGGAGAAGAAACUUACUCCCAUCACCUACCCUCAGGGCCUGGCCAUGGCUAAAGAGAUUGGAGCUGUGAAAUAUUUGGAGUGCUCGGCCCUGACGCAGCGCGGCCUUAAGACAGUGUUUGACGAGGCGAUUCGAGCUGUUCUCUGCCCACCUCCUGUGAAGAAGAGGAAGAGAAAAUGCUCUCUGCUCUAGACAGUUAGCAAGGCCUACAAUCCCAGCUGUAUUUUGAGGGAUCGGAACGAGACGGUGCACUUGUUCCCAUUUUCCUCUCUUUUUUUUUUUUUUUUGUUUCUUUACUUUUUUUUUUUUUUUUUUCCAUUGACUACAAGUUUAUAUCCUCACACAACUGAACAUAACCUCUAGAUGUAGAAACAAGACACAAUCACCUCAAAUCCAUUUUCCCUUACACCCAUACUGAGAUUAAAAUUAAUAUGGCCUUUCAAAAGAUUUUUUUUUAUUUUUUUAAAAAAAAAAACACCUUACGAAGUUGUCUUGUAGUUAAUUUGUUUUAAGAGCCCUCAUUGUUUACAAGUCAUCGUUGGAAUGAAAUAACGGUCUUGCCAAAUAGCACUACAAUACCCCGAGAUACACUACAACGUUCUGUGGAAUUCUCUUCUGACGUUUUGUGAACAGGCCAUGGUUAGACAUGAUGGAAUGAAAUAUUUGAGAGUACUGAUGAUCUCUGUAGAGUCUGUCGCCUACCACGAAUCAGUACUUGUCAUUGGCUACAUAUUUGUAUUACAGUCAUUCAUUUAAUACUGUAAAACAUUAGUCCUGAAUAACAGUGCUAGCAUAGCUUCAGUGUUUCUCAAGUGCUUCGUAUGAGCACAGUUAUACCUCCUCUUUACGUGAUAAAUGAUUAUGCCCGAUUAAUUACCUUUAAUAUGUAUAACCCUGUCUGUAUAUCCUCCCUAAAUAAGUUCAACUGCAGUCUUAAAGAUUGUGUAUGCCCACAUUUGAUUCAUCACGAAAUAAAACACUAUAUAGGGUUAUCAGUCAUUUUAAUGGUUUGAGUACAUUUAUCAUAAACCUUAAAACUUGUAUUAAAAUUUCGUUUUAAUUUUUUUUUGGUAUCUGACAUUGAAAAGGCAACACUACUGUUGGUUGUGACAUGAGAUGAAUUUAAGUAGCUUAUAUAUUUUUUUUUUUCCAUUUUAGUCCUUUUUCCUUUGUAUUCCCAUCAUAGCUAAUCAUAUUUUUUAACUAAACUUUUACUUUGUACACUAACAUUUAACUGUCCACUCUGUCAACUGACUAGUAUGUUUCUAGUUUGUUUAAACUUAAUGAAAGUGUCAUGCCUAGUGACAUUCAGAGCUUGUUUAUGCAUACUUCCUGUAACUGUCAAAACAUCCAAGUACACAAUGUGCAUUUGCCAUCGCAAGUCUGUGUGCACAAUUAGAGCCAAUGUUGUAACCCUGUGGUUUUUUUUUUUUUUUUUUUUAGGGAUAUUCCUAAUCAUUUUGUUUUGCAUAAAUGGUGACAGAAAUAAAGCAGAAUUAAAUGUG